CAAGCAAAAAAACAGACAGCAGUUUGUCUUUACACCUGCUAAGACGUGAUCAUUGUUCAGUUUUGUCUAAAGUAUAUCAGUAGUAGUUGUUUGAUUCAACAUUUGUUGAGUUGGAAACGUUGGAACAUUGGAAAAAUGGCAACAUUUGCAGAAGUCAUGAUGAUAUCCACCAUCUUUGUUCUGUGCGUCUCUGCAGUGGGAAGCAGUCACAGUGAGGUGCUUUUAGCCGAAGAUGAGCUCUUUGUGGGGGCGCAGGUUUCUGAGAAGGUGGAAUUGACAUGCUGCUUCACGUCAAACGGAAAGGCGCUGACACCAACCUGGAUUAAACAUUUUUAUAACAAAAGCAACUACGUAGAUUACACUAUUUUAGAAAAAACUGAAACUGAACCAAGCACUUCCUCUGGUUUUACAUGUGGCAAACUAACCUUAAAGUCAGUGAAGGUGAAUGAUUCUGGAUUCUACCAGUGUGAAUUGAAAGAUAUUGAGCCCAAACUCUACACACAUGGAACCUACCUGCAGGUUUAUCGACCACUGGACAAGACCAUAAACAUCAGUGAAAUGAGCAAAAACAAGAUCCUGGUAGCUGAAGGGAUCCUACUGCUGCUCUGUGCGGUGCUGCCGACUGCCACCCUCCUGCUGAAGUCAAGGGGAGUAAAGGCACUGGAGAAAAAGAAAGCAAUGAAGGAAGAAGAAAAUAUAUAUCAGGGGCUAAAUCUGGAUGAUUGUUGCAGUACGUAUGAUCAGAUUGAACGAUCCCAGGCACAGGGCCCUUACCAGGAUGUCUGCAACAUUACUGAGGAGGAGAAAGAUAUCCAGCUGGAAAAACCUUAAAGCAAAUGGGAGAGAAGAAAGUGUGUGGCAUCUGAAUUUCAUGUUGGAAUUUAGAGUUCUUUUACAUCUUGCAAUUAAUUCUUUUCCUUCUUGCUCACUCGUUUAUUCAGCUUGAUUCAUUCAUUGUUCAUUGCUUGAAGUUAGAAAAAGGUUGUAGGUGGUUCCAGGCCUAAUAUAAGGUGUACUGUUUUAUUUUUGUUUAACACAUUUAAUUGUUCUAAUAUUUUAUGAACCAUUAGUACAGUUGUUAAUUGUUGUUAAUUGUGGUCCAACUUGGCUUCUUUUUCUUUUUACAAUUAAUGACCUUUCAUUUAAUGACCCACCUUAUGUAACUAACCUUCGGGCCUGCAAGUCCCUAACACGAUGUACAAGCGCUAAG